UUCUCCUCCCUCUGCGUGUACGUUGUUGCUUCUUCUGCACCCAUAUCACCCUUCAUUUUGCAGCCAACGGGGGGUUUGGUUUAGCAGAAGAGAGUAAUCUCCCACAACGUGACCAACUAAGGUUUAAAUAUCUCUGCUGUGAGAGAUAGUCACAUUUAAUGUCUGAGUGUGCGUCCAAGAGGUGAAAGAGGAGACCUGUGGUUUGCAGAAGAAGCACCUUGAUUAAUUCAUCAUAUAUCCCAAUGGGUUUUCACAAUAAUAAUAAUAAUAAUAAUAAUGUUGAAACCCCUUUUCUCUCGAACGCACCCCCUCUCUCCUCAAAAUUCAAGACCCUGGCCAACAUCUUCAUAUCCAUUGUGGGUUCUGGCGUGCUAGGGCUCCCUUACAGCUUCAAGAAAACGGGUUGGGUCACGGGUAUGCUCAUGCUCUUCCUCGUGGCGUUCCUCACUUACCACUGCAUGAUCCUCCUCGUCCACACUCGCCGCAAGCUUGAACAUUCCAACGACGACGUUAACGUGGGCUUCCCCAAAAUCAACUCUUUUGGCGAUUUAGGGCACGCCAUUGUUGGCCCUCUUGGCAAGCUAUUCGUUGAUGUCAUGAUCGUGUUUUCUCAUUGCGGUUUCUGCGUCAGCUACCUUAUUUUCAUUUCCACCACGUUGGCCUAUCUCGCCGGUGAUGAUGACACCUCAUCAGCAUCAUGGUCCUCCUUGUUUUGGGGUUUCGCCACGCCAAAGGUGUUGUUUCUGUGGGGAUGUUUUCCCUUUCAAUUAGGGCUGAAUGCUAUCCCAACAUUGACCCAUUUGGCUCCUUUGAGCAUUUUUGCUGAUUUUGUUGACAUUGUAGCCAAGAGUGUGGUGAUGGUGGAUGAUGUCUUUGUGUUCAUGAAGAAUAGGCCUCCUUUGAAAGCCUUUGGGGGCUGGUCCGUGUUUCUCUAUGGUUUAGGUGUGGCUGUGUAUGCAUUUGAGGGGAUUGGAUUGGUUUUGCCCUUGGAAGCAGAGGCCAAGGAUAAGGAGAAGUUUGGUGGGGUUUUGGGUGUAGGGAUGUUCCUUAUUUCUUUGUUGUAUGCAUCAUUUGCUGCUUUGGGUUACCUUGCUUUUGGUGAAGGGACUCAAGAGAUUAUCACUACCAAUCUUGGACAAGGAGUGGUAAGUGCUUUGGUGCAGUUGGGUCUUUGCAUCAACUUGUUCUUUACUUUCCCACUAAUGAUGAAUCCUGUGUAUGAGGUGGUUGAGAGAAGGUUGUGUGACUAUAAGUUCUGCUUGUGGAUGAGGUGGUUGUUGGUUUUUGGGGUGAGUUUGGUGGCACUUAUGGUGCCUAAUUUUGCAGAUUUUUUGUCAUUGGUGGGUAGUAGUGUAUGUGUUAUUCUUAGCUUUGUGUUGCCAGCUAUGUUUCACUAUUUGGUGUUCAGAGAAGAGAUUGGUUGGAGCAAAAUGGUGUGUGAUGGGCUACUUGUGGUUUUUGGGUUGGUUAUUGCAGUGACAGGAACCUGGUCUUCGUUAAUGAACAUAUUUGGCCCUAAUGCUUGAUCAGACGAAAAAAAAAUUCUCUUCCUGUGUACAAUUCCGUUUGUCUUGUUUGACAUGAUUGGAUUUAGGGGUUGCUUUCGUGCAACCUUUCGG